UAUUCACAAAACCAAUUUAGCCCCAAACCCAAAGAGAAGCUUAAGAAAUAAAAAGAGGGUUUUUUUUCUUCUUCUUCUUCAAAUACUUCGACGAAGCCAAUAGCGAGAGAACGAAAGAGAGAGAAAGAGAGAGAAGAUACGAAGAUCGAGAGAAUCCUUUAAUUUUGUAGAAAUCGCUGGAGAAGGAAUCGUGAGAGAGCUGAAGAAGUUUCUUUUCAGUUCAGAUCUGAUUCGUUCUGUUUUCCGGUAAUCCGGAGAGAGAGAGAUAGAGAGAGGGGAAAUAAUGGGCGGUAGAGGUGGCGGCGGCGUUAGUAACGCGAACAACACGGGUGUUCCGGCGUCUUCGAGAAAGGUUGUGCAGAGUUUGAAAGAGAUCGUCAACUGUUCUGAGGUAGAGAUCUAUGCGAUGCUAGUUGAGUGCGAUAUGGAUCCUGAUGAAACUGUUAGUCGUCUUCUUUCUCAAGAUACUUUUCAUGAGGUGAAGAGCAAACGAGAGAAGAAGAAAGAGACCAAAGAUCCUGCAGACUCCUGGACGAGGAACAUCCCUAAUCGCGGAGCUAGAAGUGGUAAUGACAGUUACAACACCUCUCGAGGUGGUGGAAACAAGUAUAACUCUAAUGGGACUGGAAAUGCUCAAGGUGUACCUGCAAACAGAAGAGAAAACGGAGCACCACGUAAUCAUUGGGCUGGCUCUUCUUCCUCAUCUGGUGUUCUUGGACGCCAACCUUUAUCAAACAGUGAUCCUCCAAGCGCUGAAGUCAAGAAAGCACCAACGGGAUCAAGUGAUGCAGUAACUUCGUCGUCGUUGCCUACUCCUGCGUAUCAAUCCGCUUGGGCUAGUGCUAACCCCGGGCAAAGAACUAUGGCUGAUAUUGUUAAAAUGGGUAGGCCUCAACAGCAGAAGAAUAUCGCUUUGCCUCGUUCUUCAGAGGCUCAAGAAAGCAAAAGUAAAGCCCCUUUGAAAGAUGAAUGGCCUUCAAUUGAGAAACAAGAUGUUUCUCAUCAAUCUUCCUCUGUCUUGGAACCUGCUGCUGAAUCUAAGAUGUCUGCCGACCAAUUUAGUGAGUCUCAACAUCUGGAUGAGACUCAUCAGGAAACAAAAACAUAUCCAAUUGAGUCGCCUCCUAAUGCGGAUCACAAUCCGCCUGCUUCAGUAUCAAGCAGAAAUUUGGUUGAUGAUGAUUCUAGAGACUCCUCAGUUUGUGAUGAUGAUAAUAACAAAGCUGAGAGACAUUCUUAUGAGGAAAAUGGAGCCGAAGAUGUUUCAGCAUCUGUUGCUACCGGUUUCCAGCAGCUUACUAUAGACAAUGAAGAAGAGCAGGAAGCAUUACCAAAAGAAGACAAACCUGCAGUGAUAAUCCCCAAUCACCUGCAAGUCCAUUCCUCAGAAUGCUCGCACCUAAUGUUUGGUAGUUUUGGCUCCGGGAUAGGUUCUGGUCAAGCUAGUGGCUUGAAUGAUAACUUGGAUGAACCACUAGAAGCAGAGGAUGAUUCAUCAUUCAGACAUCCCGAUACUAACUUCUAUGGAGAGGAAGAAGAACAGCUGAGAAAUCCUGCUACUAAUGAACAAGUGUCCUAUCAAAUCGAUUCAACUACCCAGAAUUACCAUUCUCCCACUGAGUCUGAGACAGAAGCCGUGCAACAUGAACCUCCUCAAGAAGAAGGUCAUCAGUACAAGUUUUCAUCUCCUGCAGAUUACGGAUAUGAAAACAGCCAACAGUUGAAUCCUCCAUCGGAAACAAAUCCUCGAAUGCAGAAUCUUGACAACUUCCCCAGCGUAAUGCAGCAAGGAUACACAAGUACGUUACCCAACACACUACUCCCAUCAGGCAUUCAAGACGCAAGGGAAUCUGAUCUUCACUACUCACCUUUCCCAACAAAAUACAACACUGCUGCUCCCUCUUCACUUAACGACCCAGCAAUGUCCAUGGCCGAGGCACUGAGAGCUGCGAGUAUUUCUACUCAAAAUGCAAUGCCCAGUGCAGGACAACAAGCAGCAGCUCUUGCACAACACCUUGCCUUAAACCCAUACUCUCAUCAGCCAGGGAUGCCUUUAGGGCCUUAUGGUAAUUUGAUAAGCUACCCGUUCAUGGCACAAAGUUACAACCCUUACAUGGCUUCAGGUUAUCAGCAAGCGUUUCCCACUGGUAAUCACCAGUCCUUAGCUGCUAUGCUUCCGCAAUACAAAACUCAAGCAACCGCUCCUCCUGUUCCUCCUCCCUCUGCCUACGGCUUUGGAGGUGGCGCCGCUUCAAGUAACAACUUCCCUUUGAAUCCCACAAAUGCUACAAACUCGUAUGAGGAUGUCUUGAGCUCGCAGUUUAAGGAUAGCAAUCAUUUGGUAUCAUCACUUCAGCAGCAGAACGAUAACUCAGCAGCAUGGCAUCAAGGUCAACAACCCAACUCACGAGUGGUUCCAGGAAGUGGAUAUUACAGCUUCCCAGGUCAUCAGAAUCAGCAGCCUCCUGGUUUCCGUCAAGCCCAACAACUGCAGCAGCAGCAGCCGUCUCAGCAGCAACAACAGCAUUUUGGAGGACAUGGCUAUGUCAGUCCUUACCAUUCACAAGGUGCAAUGUCAUUAGACCAUCUCCAUCACCAGCACCAACAACAACAAAACGCUAGAGACGCGUCUAAACAGACGCAGCAACAGUUAUGGCCCAACAACUACUGAUGAAAAGCAAAUCAAUCAAAUCCCUCUUUCCCCUUAUUUCCCAUUACUCUCAUUCCUGAGCAGCGAUGGGAUGAUUCCUUGUUGUGAAAAUGGCAAUGUGUUGUGUGUGUGUGUUUGUGGUUUGGGGUAAGGUCUAACGAGGGAUUUUGUGAGAGACCUUCAAUGGCUGGCUUGUUUACUUGCUAACCUUCUUGUAUUACUAAAAAAAAAACUCUUGUCUUUCUUUUGUGUCUGUUUCUUACCAUUGAACUCUUUAGUCUUA